AUGAAGCCCGUCGUUUCCGCCCUCAACGCGUGGAGCUGCGUUGUCGUCUCCGUUUUCGCAAUCGUGAUCCUUUCUAUCAUCGGCGGUUUAUUCAGCGUGGGCCACCAUAGCAUGAUGGGCAGCACGAAGGACCCAGCGGACGGAAAAGCGGUGGCUGGCUCGGUUUUUGCGGCCGUGGUUGUCUACGCGGUCUUCCUCGUUUUCUGCGGAUUCCAGGCAUAUUUACAUGUACGGCAAAGCAAGAGGGGUGCUAUAACACUGAAUUAG